UGCUUCCGGUACGCUCCCUGAAGGGGCGUGGCCAGCGGGGCGGGGCGCUCAGAGCGUCGGGGCGGUGCGAAGAUGGCGGCGGCGAUGGCGGCGCCGGAGGCUGCGGAGGCGCCCAGCUCCCUGCUGUUGCUGGUGGUGGGCGGCGAGUGCGGCUACCCCGGGCUGCUGGCCUACGUCCUGCAGGAGUUGGAACGAGGUGUUCGCUCCUGGGAGGAUGUGGACCCUGCCAUCUGCAGCCUGGAUGAGCAGCUCAAGGCCUUCGUGUCCCGGCAUUCGGCCACCUUCUCCAGCAUUGUGAAAGGGCAGCGGAGCCUGCACCACCGUGGAGAGACCUUGGAGACGCUGGUCCUGCUGAAUCCCUCAGACAAGUCCCUGUGUGAUGAGCUCCGGAACCUCCUGAUGGACCCCGCCCCUCACAAACUGCUGGUCCUGGCAGGGCCCUGCCUGGAGGAGACCGGGGAACUGCUGCUGCAGACUGGAGGGUUCUCGGCCCACCACUUCCUGCAGGUGCUGAGGGACAAAGAGGUCCAGGAUUCACUGGCCUCCGCACCAGCUGCCCCAGCCCUCACUGUGUCCUGUCCAACCUUUGGGGACUGGGCGCUGCUGGGCCCUGCACCCGGGCUGCAGCUGCGACUAAACCCGCCCGCGCGGCUGCCGGCCUCAGAGGGCCUUCGUGCCUUCCUGGAGUAUGUGGCUGAGUCGCUGGAGCCGCCAUCACCCUUCGAGCUGUUGGAGCCACCGGCUGCGGGCGGCUUUCUGCGCCUAGCACGGCCCUGUUGCUAUGUGUUUCCGGGUGGUUUGGGAGACGCUGCCUUCUUCGCCGUCAACGGCUUUACGGUGCUGGUGAACGGCGGCUCCAACCCCAAGUCGAGCUUCUGGAAGCUGGUGCGCCACCUGGAUCGCGUGGACGCUGUGCUUGUGACCCACGCGGGUGCUGACAGCUUGCCGGGCCUCAACAGCCUGCUGCGCCGCAAGCUGGCAGAGCGUGAAGCAGCCGCAGGACCACAGGGACAGCAUGAAGAGCGGCUGCGUCGCCUGCUGUCGCCUGCGCUGGGUGUCGUGUUCCUGAAUGCUCGUGAGGCUGCUUCGCGGUUGCGUGGGGGUGAAGAUGAGGCAGUAUGUGCUCGGAGCCUGCUGCGGAGCCUGGGCAUCGCGCCUCUGCCACUGCAGCGUGGCCCACAGCCCUCGUGCCCCACUGUCCUUUUCGAGAAGCUGGGCGUAGGCCGCCUAGAGCUCUUUGUGCUGCACCCUCCUCCUGGGGACCCUGCAGCGCCUGCCUGUGCUCUGCUCGUGUGGCAGCCAGCAGCGCCCGGCGACAAGGUGGUGCGUGUACUGUUUCCUGGCCGCACGCCACCCGCGCGCCUGCUGGAUGGGCUGCAGCGCCUGCAGCACCUGCCUUGCCUACGCAGGCCAGUAGUCACCACGCAUGACCUGGAAGCGCCCUCCAGGGCCAACAGCCAAGACAGUCUGGCCUCGCGGGACAGUGCGCGCAAGGAGUCAGUCCGUGGCACUGUCGGCUGCAUUGCCAGCAGGAGCACUGUGCGAAGGGAGCCUGCCCUGGCCACUCGUGACCAGAAGAAGGACACAAGAUCUGGGCCCACUCGGCCUACAGCCCGAGACACGCGCCGCUCCGGGCCUGGUGUGGUCAACACAAAGCCUCGUGUGUCACAGAAUGGGCCUCGUGCCCCAGUUCUGGCAGUGCCACUCACAGCUCCCGUGACUGAGUGCCCUGGAGAAGCGGAGAACAUCUUGGAGUCUGAGCCGCCACCUGCUCCAUCCCCGACUCUGUCCCCAGCUCAGUCCCCACCACCUACAGCACCUGGCAAUAGUCCUGAGCGCCUGUCCCUCAGCCCUCUGCGCCCGGAGCCUGCCCCUGACGCCUCGCCCUCAGCCACAACGCCCACGCUGACCACGCCCUCUCUGCCUGCGGAGCUGGGCUCACCCCACUCAACCGAGGUGGACGAGUCGCUCUCUGUGUCCUUCGAGCAAGUGCUGCCAGCAGGUGACCCAGGGCUUAGCCUGCCCCUGCGCCUCGCGCGCCGCUCCACGUCUCCUCAUGAUGUGGACCUGUGCCUCGUGUCACCCUGUGAGUUCUCUCAUCGCAAGCCACCCCCUCCUGCCUCCCCAGGCAGCUCAGACAGCAGUGCUCGGUCACAGGAGCGGCCGCCCGAGACUCCACCCACGUCUGUGAGCGAGUCACUGCCCACACUAUCUGACUCUGAUCCCGUGCCCGUGGCGGAUUCUGAUGAAGACGCAGGCAGCGAGAGCGCGGCCAGGGACCCGCCACCUACACCUCGUGUGCCACCACCACUGCCGGAUGUACCAGGAAUCUGCAUGGUGGACCCAGAGGCGCUACCGCCUCGUGCCCGGCAGCCCCUCAACACCGCCAAUCCCAGUCGUGGUCGCAAGGCCCCUGCAAGGCCAAGCUCUGCCUCUGCCACCCCCAGAGCUGCAACUGUAGCUGCCAAGACAAAGGGCCCCGUGGGGGACCGGAACCGGCCACUCAGCGCCCGCAGUGAGCCUGCAGACAGGCCAGGCCGUGCGCCCCUUACCAGGAAGCCCUCGGUUCCUAAGACCGUCCCCAAGACGGCCUCUGCCACAAGGAUGUCCUCCGGACCCAGUGGCCGCCCUGCACCGCUUGCUGCUGGCUCCCCUGUGUACCUGGACCUGGCCUACCUGCCUGGUGGUGGUGCCGGCCACCUGGACCAGAACUUCUUCCUGCGUGUUCGAGCACUCUGCUAUGUCAUCAGUGGGCAAGGCCAGCGCCAGGAAGAGGGCCUGCGAGCCGUGCUGGAUGCACUGCUGGCUGGCAAGCGGCAGUGGGACCUCGACCUGCAGGUCACACUGAUCCCCACCUUCGACUCUGCGGUGAUGCACAGGUGGUAUGAGGAGACGCAUGCGCAGCACCAGGCACUGGGCAUCAGGGUGCUGGGCAGUGGCAGCCUGGUGUCCAUGCAGGACGAGGCCUUCCCCGCCUGCAAGGUGGAGUUCUAGCCCCAUGCUGCAGGGUGGCCUGGGAACAAGUGUUCCUCGCUGUGACCCGGGUUGGCGCUGUGACUCCAUGUGGAAAGCCAGACCCCAUGCUUGAGUAAGCCACGGUGUGACAUCCCAGCUUCCAUCUCCAGCACAAGGAUGAGAACUGCGCGCUUUAUCACUUGUCCACGCCCCCUCACGUGUCAGGCACAGCUCUCCAUGCCUUCUACCCUAGAACUCAGGUUGCAGAGGCAGGAGGAGCUAUGCAGAGUCCAGGCCAGCCUGGGCUUCAUAGUGAAUCUUUGUUUCAAAACCACAAAAAAUAAAGCAGAUGGCUGAGA